ACGGCGCGUUGUCUCGGGACAAUCCCCCCGGAACAACCUGGAGUUAAGUGCCUUGCUCAAGGGCCCAACAGUGGCAUCUUGGUGGUGCUGGGGCUUGAAGCCCCAACCUUCUGGUCAGUAACCCUGAGACUCAACCACUGAGCCACGAGACGCCACUACAACAAGAAGCAAUGUGUCAACCAGAAGAGGACAGUAAUCAGGAAUCAGAGAAGAUGAUGAACUGAAGUCUGAAGAAAACCACUAAAGAUCAACAUGUCCACCAGAAGAGAUUCAACUGAAAACACAGAGAAGGGUCCAACAGGAAACAGCAGCCCAGAGCAAACAUCUGAAGAUUCCGAAACAAGUGAUUCAAGAAAGGGAGUAAACAUGAACUUUGGGACAACAGGAGUCAGUCCAGGUCAAGAAUUACAACCGGAAAAGACUAGAAGAGAAAAUAGAGAGCAUCUGUUUCAGAGACUUCAUCUUGAGGGCAAACUGCAAAACAAACUGGAAAGAGAAGAUGUUCUUCAGAUAACUGCAGAUUCAUCACAGUCUCAAGAGUCUUGUGCUGAAGAGGAACUGUUUCAGACAUUCCUACAAAAACUACUGUUGAUGGACUACAGAGCAAGAUACAUUAAAACUAAAGAGACCAAAAAACAAGAACACACACAGCACAAAGACAAUGACUCGUCUGAUGAUGAAGGUGAUUUUUUCAGAGAAAUGUCUUUGUCUAAUGAAGAAACAAGCAGAUCAGAUCCUGUUCACCCAAUGGAUGUUCAGAUGGCUGUGUUUCAUUGUGCUGAUAGUUUCCUGAAGCAGCUGAUGGUGACUAAACUGUCACAGUGUCAGUAUGCUCUGCCUCUGCUUGUACCUGAUCCAUUCACACAACACAUUGAGUUUCCUCUCUGGACAUUCAGACAAAUCAACAAGAGCUGGAAGACAUUUGAUGAUGCAGGUAAAAUCAUCAGUAAAGUCCAGUCAGUCUGUAAGGCAGAAACUCCAAUGGUGUGUUUCUUCAGGUUUGGCUCAGUGUCCUCAUCCAAGUCUCAUCUGAUGAACAGACUGAUCAAUGAGAAACACAACACGUUCUUCCACAGGAACUGCCCAGGCAGCAGCAGAACCAGAGUACUGAUGGAUGGAGUGGUGGAGAUCGCCUGGUACUGCCCGUCUGGAAAAAACACGGAUACAUUUACUGAGUGUGUUGCGUUCUGUAAUCUACAUGGAGAUGCAGGAGACCAUGAGAAACAGCUGCAGAUCCUCACUGAAAUGUCCUCAGUCAAUGUUGUUAUUCUGCCACAACUUGAGAAGGAUGACAAAAAUAUGACAAAAGUUGAAAAACUCUUCAAAGACUCAAAGCCACUCAUUUGCCUUUUUACUCGGGACAAAUCUUCUGUAAUUCAGACAAAAAAAGGAAAAUACAAAAUAGGGUUGAAAGACAGAAAUCAGUCAGAUGUGUCUGAAGAACUCAGAAGAGCUAUAAAUGAUUGUCUCUCAAUCUCAUCUUCAGAAUCAUCUUCCAUUUUCAGACUUGAAGAUGUGUCCAAACACUCAGAUAUCAGAGUAGAUGAAGAUGAUAAUGAAGACUGCAGGAGAGGAAAAGAAGCAGCACAGCAGAUGAUGAGAUUACUGGAGAAUAAAGAUCUGACAAAAAUCAAAGAAUCAUUUCUGCCCUGUCAGGGAAAACUGUGGCAUCAGUGGUGUCAGAAGAACAAAGAACUACACCGACCUCAAGGGAGUGAAACAGAAAUGGAAACCAGUAAAAAACAACAAGAGAUGAAGGAAAUCCGUGAAGAGCAGCAUCAGUGUGUGCUUAGUGACUUCAUGAAGUACUUUAUUAAUGAAAUGAAUGAAAAAUAUGCCACCAAUAAUAAAACUGUUUUCCUGAAAUGGUUUGGGAUCCUGCUGGAUGAACACACCUCAACUGAACUUUCUGAUCUACAUCACAAAUAUGAUGAUAAGUGGUCAAAAGUCUUAGAAAAGAAAUCAAAUAAUGAUAAUUCUGACCAAUUUAAAACUGAUCAAGCAGAACUUGAGAGAAUAUCUGAGGAGCUACAGGCUGCAACCUUUGGUUUGGAGCACAUCCUGAGAGAGAUCGGUCAGAUCUAUGAAUCAUGUUCAUCUGUGAAGAAGAACAAGGAAGGUCUGCAGUUUCACUUCUCUUCUCUCCCGAGUCUUGCAGCAGAGAUGAUGAUCUCUGGAUUUCCUCUGGAGCUGAUGGAUGGAGAUGCUGCUCAUGUUCCUGUGAUCUGGAUCUCUGCUAUUCUAGAUGAACUCAAGGAGAAACUGGGAGACCACAGUGUGUUUGUGCUGUCAGUUUUAGGUGUUCAGAGCUCUGGGAAAUCCACCAUGUUGAAUGCCAUGUUUGGACUGCAGUUUGCCGUCAGUGCUGGCAGAUGCACCAGAGGAGCUUUCAUGCAGCUGGUCAGAGUGUCAGAGCAGAUGAAAGCACAGCUGAAGUUUGACUAUAUUCUGGUGGUUGAUACUGAGGGACUUCGUGCUCCAGAACUGGCUGGAAGAUCAACGAGACUUCAUGACAAUGAACUGGCCACAUUUGUUGUGGGUCUUGGGCAUCUGACAUUGAUCAACAUCUUUGGAGAAAACCCAUCUGAGAUGCAGGACACUCUUCAGAUUGUUGUUCAGGCCUUCCUGAGGAUGAAGAAGGUCAGACUGAAUCCCAGCUGCAUGUUUGUGCAUCAGAAUGUUUCAGACAUCACAGCUGGAGAGAAAAACAUGGAGGGAAGGAGACGACUGUUGGAGAAACUGGAUGAAAUGACAAAACUUGCUGCUAAAGAUGAAGUCAGUGAUGCAGAAAGUUUCAGUGAUGUCAUUGAAUUUGAUGUUCAGAAGGAUGUGAAGUAUUUUGCACAACUCUGGGAGGGCAGCCCACCCAUGGCACCACCAAACCCAAACUACUGUGAAAAUAUUCAAGAUCUAAAGAAAACAAUUCUUAAACAGGCCUCAACAUCAGAUGGCAUGAUGCUGAAACACCUGAAAGAUUGUAUUCAAGAUCUCUGGGAGGCUUUACUAAAUGAACGAUUUGUGUUUAGCUUCAGAAAUUCUCUGGAGAUUUCAACAUACAGGAAACUGGAGACAGAAUACAGCAAGUGGACCUGGAUUCUCCGCACUGCCAUGCUGGAAAUUGAGAACAAACUACACAACAACAUAGAAAAUGAAACAAUUCAUGAGGUUGAUGAAGCACACCUUCAAAGAGAACUGAAAGAGAAAAGUGAAGAAGGGAAAAAAUCUAUGUCAGAUUUCUUUGAGAAAGACAAAGAUAAAGAAAUUCUGAUUCAGUGGAAAACUUCAUUUGAGAUAAAAAUCAAAGAGCUUCAAGAAAACAUUGUGAGAGAAACAAAAAGGAAAUUAAAUGAGAUUCUUCAACAGCGAGAACUGAAGAAAGAGACUGAAGCUCAGAAGACACAUCAUGAAAACACUCUCUUUGAAAUAAGCAAAGAACUUGCCUUAACACUCAAAGACAAAGCAAAUGAUGAAGAAACACUGAAGAAAGAGUUUGAUUUGUUUUGGGAACAGCAUGUGAAGAAGAUCAUCAGAGACACUCAUCCAAUCAAAGACAUUGACAUAUUAAGAGAUGUGAAACAACUCCUCAGUGAAAUCUAUGAAAGUGCAGCUGUCGAUCACUGGAGGGAGAACAGGGAUAUUUUCUGUGUGUUGAUUUAUUCAGAUUAUGUACAGUUAAAGAAAUCCAGAGGAAUUACAGGAUCUGUUAGAAACCUCUACAGAGGAGCAAAAGAUAUGUUUGGUGUUGCUCUGUCUAAAGAGGAUGAAACCCAAAUAAGAACGUUAGUCAGUGAAAUUGCUCAUGAGACAGACAAAAUGAUCCUGUCAUUUAACAUUUCAAAGAUGGGCUACAACAAAAGCUACAUUCAAGAACUCACAGACUAUAUAAAGUCAAAACUCACUGAACAUCAGAAUGGACCAGUGAAAUAUCUGUUCAAGAAUGAAUUCUCCAUUGAUUUAGUGUUUUCCAUCUGUAAGAAAUCAAACAAGACUUUCACUGACCAACACAGACUGUUCAGAGACGCCAAUGAUCCUGUUCUCUACAUGGAGAAGAAGAGAGGAGAGUACUUCAGUGUUUUCCAGAAAUAUUGUAAAGGUGCAACAUCAGCUGCUGUUUUUGGUGAGAUCAUCUGUCAGAAACUGAAAGAUCCCAUUGAACAGAGUGUCUACAAAAACACUGCCAGAGAUUUAGCAGAUGAAAUGAGAACAAACUGUGAAUCACUGAAUGGAAACAGAUCUAAUCUGGAGAAACACAUCCUGAAGACACUGGCAGAAGAGGAGGAUUUUAACAAAUACAUGAACUACAUUGAUAAUCCCAGACAUCACUUCAAGAGUUUCAUCAGAGAUGAAGUCAGUCAGUACAUCACUGAUAAGUUCAGUGUCAGUGUUCGGCCCAAGAUGAUGAAGAACAUCAAACUCCUGCAGGAGAAGAUCAUGAACGCAGCUCAUGAAUCUACUGAACAUGUUCAAGUGAACAUGAACAGUGUAGAUGUUGAUUUGUGGUUGAAGUGUUUCACACAGAAGCUCUCAGAUGUGCUGAUAUUCUCUGUUAAAGACUUCAGUGGAGUGAGUCGUGAUGACGUUAAGAUCAAACACUUAGAAGAUGUGAUCAGAAAGGAAUUUCCUUCAGUAAUAUCAGACAUAAGCAGUGAAUUCAGUACAGAGACUUUUCCAGUAAUUCUGGACCGUAAGGACAGACCAGAUGAGAUUCUGAUUGGUCACUUGUGUCAGUGCUGUUGGGUUCAGUGUCCUUUCUGUGCUGCAAUCUGCACCAACACAAUAGAGUACCAUGAUGGAGAUCACAGUGUUCCUGUCCAUCGAGUGGAUGGACUGAAAGGAUGGCAUUAUGAAGGAACACAGGAUCUCUGUGCUAAUUUUUGUACAACUUCAGUGGCAAGUGAUAAAAUAUUUAUAUCAUCAGGUCAGUCAUAUUCAUACAAAGAAUACAGAACAGCAGGAGAUGAUUAUGCUAACUGGAGCAUCACUCCUGACCUCUCUGAGCUGCCGUACUGGAAGUGGUUUGUGUGCAGAUUCCAGAAAGAUCUGGAAAAACAUUAUAAUAAAAAGUUCCAGGGCUCGGGUCAGAUUCCAGAUGGGUGGAAGAAGCACUCACAGCAAGAUGCUAUUGAGAGUCUGAAUAAAAACUUUUAGUAAAUAUAAACUAAUAGAACAGUUUGGUCCAAGUUUGUCAUGAGCUGGUCAUACUACACAGUCUGCACCAACUUGACCAAACCAGAAUGAAUCAUGAUCUGAUCCAUAAAUACUUUGUCUGCUAGCUCACUGCAAGGUCUCUGCAUCACACUAGAUCUUCAUUAGUGAGAUUAUGCUGGUUAGGUGCUCUGAAUUUAUUACAGCAGAUUUCUUAUUCAAUUAUUCAUUUUCAGAUUUUUCAUAUUCAAUUUGGAGGUGACUUCAUUUCAAAUUCUUGAUAGUUACUGAGUAAAUUUGUGCAUUGAGUUGUACGUUGGGCUGGAUUAUAAUGAGCAAGUUUCAGAGAUGGGGACUCAACUCACGCUUGUGCUGCAUUUUAAUAGACUCCAGACUCGACCUAAAAUGAGAGAAAACGACUCAAGUGUUUUGACCUUAACUAUUAAUAUCUUAAAGGAACAAUUUGUAUUUUAUUUGUAUGAAUUUCUUAUAUCUGCAUCACAUUUCCCUGUGUGUCAUGAUCGAUCGGACCCUUAUCAUAGAAUAAGGGUGUAACCUGUGUAUCAUAGUAUUUCCAUGUAAAGCCUGAAUUGUGAUAAGAGUCCCAUGAAACAUGGUGGCACCCACAAUGCCAUAUGUGUUCAUAUUUGGUUGUGCCCUCAGAAGCAGAAACUUCAGGAAGAACACAUUCUCAGAGGCUAGUCACAACAGACAAAGCUAGCUUAUACUGUACUGUUGCAAACAUUAUGCAGUGUAGCUACAUGGCUCAAUAUUAUUGCCAAUUUAAACCUAGCGCUUCAUUUUAUCAAAGUUUUCGUUGUAUAUAUGCUUCCGAGAGAGAGAUUUGUCCCAUAUUUUAGCUUCUCGCAAUCAGCACGUGUACAGUUGUUUGUACAGCUGGCAAGUUUUGGUCAACAUUAUACCUAAUGAUAUUGCAUUGCCUAUAUCAUAUUGCAUUGUGUGUGCGCGUUCUGAGCCUUGUGGAACUGACCAUGAGAAAAGCUGCAACACCUUUAUUACAAAAAUCAGUACAGGAUAAGUUAAUUAAGUCUUUGAAAUCAUUAAAUUAAAUUAAAUAGAUCCUGUUAGUAUCCCAGAUUUUUCAAAGAUCAUACAUUUGUAAUAAAAAAAAAUAAAAAAAGACAGAUGUAAUGUUUAGUGACUUGAGAAUCUACUCGGACUUCAAAUGAAAGACUCACGAACAUCUCUGCCACAUUGACAGGCACAAGAAAAUAUUUAUUCCAGGCUUUUUGCAGAAACCGGCUUUCCAAAACAUCAUGUAAACUAACACUGAUUUGCCGUUUGUUAAACAGUUGUGAGAUCAAUAUAUAUAUAUAUAUUAGGGCUGUCAAUCGAUUAAAAUUUUUGUCCCGAUCAAUUAAUCGUGAUUAAUCGCAUAUACAAAUAUUUGCUGAGAA